AUGUGGCGUCGGUGGCUGCUGAGUGUGCUGAUCUGCGGGAUCCUACACUUGGUGCAAACGCGAGGAGGUUCAGCUCAGCUUCAGGUGGACGGUCGACUACCGAACUACGCCUUCUCAUGGGGCUCAAUAGAUGGCGCUGGGAACGGCUACGGCCAGAGCGAACACAGGGAAGGAGACGUCAUCCGCGGCUCCUACCGGGUCACUCUGCCCAACGGUAAAACGCAGGUGGUGGAGUACUCGGUGGACGAUCGAUCCGGGUACGUGGCCGACGUGAGAUAUGUGGACGGAACAGUGGACACCACCGGGACACCGGCCAGAACAGUUCCAGCUGGAAGAGGAUCGGCCAUCUCCUCCGCCUCAGCAGUAUCGGUACGGUGA